AUGACAGUGUCUUACUCACUUGAGGUGGCCAACGCAAGGUUCGGUGGCUUCUCCAAGCUCCUGUUCAGGUGGAAGGGGAGCAUCUACCGACUGCUCUACAAAGAGCUUCUGGUGUUUUGUGGGGCUUAUUUGUUUUUCAGUGUGUUUUACAGGUUCCUCCUCACACCAAAGCAGCAGGAUCUGUUUGAGCGUAUCGCCCUUUACUGUGAUCAGUUCACCAACACCAGCUUUAUCCCAGUUUUAUUUGUAUUGGGUUUCUAUGUGACCCUGGCCUUUAAUCGUUGGUGGGGUCAGUACACCAGCUUCCCGCUGCCCGACGACCUGAUGAUGGUGGUGUCUGGAAACGUCCACGGGGCAGACGAAAGGGGUCGUCUGCUGCGACGGACACUUAUGAGAUACGCCAACUUAUCCUCAGUUCUCAUUCUCCGCUCCAUAAGCACAAGAGUUCACAAGCGUUUUCCCACUUUGGAGCACAUUGUGGAGGCUGGGUUUAUGACUACACAUGAGCUGAAGAAGUUUGAGUCGCUGCACUCUGAUUUCAACAAGUACUGGAUGCCUCUGACAUGGUUCUCAAACCUGGCGUCCAGAGCAAGAGAGGAGGGUCGAGUGAGGGACGACAUAGCUUUGAGACUUCUGAUGGAUGAGCUUAAUAAGUACAGAGCCAGGUGCAGCCUCCUGUUCCACUAUGACUGGAUAAGCAUCCCUCUGGUCUACACUCAGGUGGUUACUAUUGCAGUGUACUCAUUUUUUGCCUUCUGUGUGAUUGGCCGACAAUUCCUGAACCCUGAGAAGGGAUACAAGGAUCACAAAAUGGACAUGUACGUCCCUGUUUUCACCCUGCUGCAGUUCUUCUUCUACACUGGCUGGCUUAAGGUGGGGGAGCUUAUCAUCAAUCCAUUUGGAGAGGACGAUGAUGAUUUUGAAACCAACCAGCUGAUCGACCGAAACAUUCAGGUGUCAAUGUUGGCCGUCGACGACAUGUACCAGAACCUGGCUCCAAUUGUGAAGGACAAGCACUGGACGCAGAGACAUUUCUCCAUCCCUUACACUCUGUCGACAGCAGCAGAGGCUCUCAAACCAGCGUUCAAAGGCUCCACCUUUGAUAUGAGGAUGAGUGCUGAGGAUCUUGAGAUUCACCAGCCUGCAGACACUCCUGUAAAGAAACAGUAUUUACUGCUUAAAGGCUCUCUGGGUGAUGGUCUUGAAAGUCUUUUGCAGAGGGGUAAAGGCAUGCUACGUGGUGGGAGCCUCCCUUCUCUGAUAGAUGCCUCAUCACACCCAAAUGAAGAAGAUGUUGAUGUUCCUCCUGAGGGUAACAUCAGUGCCACCAACCACAAAGAACAAGAAAAGAUGUUGAUCAAAGUUGCAGUGGAACAUAAGUAG